AUGUCCGAUUUGCCUGUAUCCAUCAUCAUGAUCGUCAGGGCCGGUCACUUAUCACGGUCGAUGUCGCCGUCUGGCCCUCAGGAUGAAUUUCGAAAUCGAUCUUCUCAGUCUUUUUGGAAUAAAUUCCCUCGACGCUGGGUUAAAAUGCUUUCGUUCCUCGCCUUAGUAUGCUUCUUUUCCGUCGGUCUUGGCGUGACUAUCAAAAGAGACAAGAGCUUUGAACGUGGCGAGAAGCUGCAAGAUCUCGGAAAUGACCAGGCUAUAAGCCGCUUCCCCCCUCCUCGUCAGACACAUCAAUUUACACAUGAUCCUACUAUUCUCCGUGUGGGUGAUGAAUAUUAUCUUUAUCAUGUCGGUGAACACAUCUUCAUCCUCACUGCGCCUAGUAUGGCUGGCCCAUGGAAGCGUAUCGGCAGUGUGCUAGAGGCCAAAAGUGUGAUCCCAAAGGGUGAUCGUGCCGCACCCUGGGCCCCGACUGUUAUUGCCGUAGACGGAACAUAUUAUUGCUAUUACAGCGUUAGUAAGACCGGUUGCCGUGAUAGCGCUGUUGGCGUGGCUACCUCUGACUCUCCUGGUCCGGGCAACUGGCACGACCACGGUGUUCUCAUCCAGACGGGCACGGGCAAUGGAUCAGAUAUCUAUCCCUACACUGUGUCAAAUGCUAUUGAUCCUAGUACAUUGGUCACUCCCGAUGGACAGGGUUAUCUGACGUUUGGAAGCUUCUGGAAUGGGAUUUUCCAAAUUCCUCUGAGCAAGGAUCUCCUCUCUCCGGCCAGCACUACUGAACCCGAUGAACGACAGCUGGCGUGGGAGCCGAACCCCAUGGGCAAGCCAAAUCCCAAUGCCAACACCAUCUGUGGUGACCCGACCGGUCCCCAUGCCAUUGAGGGUGCUUUCAUCUCCCACAAUAAUGGAUGGUACUAUCUCUGGUUCAGCCAUGGUUUCUGCUGCAACCUGAAGAAAGACAACCUGCCAGCCGCUGGUCAAGAGUAUUCCAUCCGUGUUGGACGCUCUCGCAGUCCCCGUGGGCCAUUCACAGACAAGACUGGUACUGAUCUCGUCAAAGGCGGCGGUGAACUUGUCUACGGCUCGAACGGAGAGACCUAUGCCCCAGGUGGGCAAGGCGUGAUCUGUGAUGGUGAUACCGAUGUGCUCUACUACCACUACUUGAACACGAGUGUUGGAAUUGCAUUCGCGGACGCCUUACUUGGAUUCAAUCCUCUCAAAUAUGUUGAUGGAUGGCCUAUCGCUCAGGCCUGA